UGUGUAACACAACAACAGAACAUCACACAACACAACAACAGAACAUCACACAACUCGACAACAGAUAGCAAUACAAUUGUUGGACACAGUCUCCGACCGACACUGCUCGCGCAGUUACACCUUCGAACUAAAAUGAUCAGACGGUAUCGUACAACGUACCGUUUUCUGGGUCACCCUCCGGCGACUUUGCCUAAUACUCCAACACUCAAUUGAAUGCACGCCUUGCGGAGAACGAUGCCUAAACGGUAGGCUUAAGCUAUCACCAUUUACAUCCGGCACAGUAUUCACUGCCCACAUAAACUGAAACUUAGUAAGGCUGUUUCACUACCGACAUCGUCAGUGACUGUGGGGGUGAUGCAAGGCCCAUACAUACCACAUACUGAAGCUACCAGCAAUAUGUGCGAUCCUCGCUCUUCCCGCCGUUAUUCCCAGUGGGAUAGUCGCUCGGCCUAUCCUCAAGAUCGCCGCUUCAUCAACGACAAUGACUUCAACUCGGCCGCUGGCCUUCACAACAUGUCUCGCCGUGAGCGCGAGGAGGUCUGGCGACGCGCCCAAGCUCGUGUGAACGAUCCGUACUCUAUGCCGUGCCAACGCUCUGGUGCUUACGCGACCAUGGGCAACAUUCAUGCUGUCGAGGACGCUCGCGGCCGCCGCCGCCGCAACACCGGCGUCGAUGAAGUCGCCAAUCAGAUGUCUCGUACGAAUAUGGGCAACUGUGGAUCUCGUGGCCGCCGCUCUGGCUACAAUGUCCACUGGGUUGACCAGUUUGCUGCCCCUGAACCUCCACGUACGCACCCCCGCAACGCCGAGUACUAUCUCGAUCGCGCAUGCCGGCCUCGCAACACCUGGUGCCACAACUAUAACGACGCCAACCAGUACAUGAACGGUCGAAAUCCAGGUCGUCGUACAGCGCCUGCCGACGGUCGCCGUGAUCGUCACGAUCCUCGUACCUACGCGGGCCUGAAUCUUCGCUCAGGCCUCAACGGUGACCGCAACCGUGAUCCUACAACUUCACGCUGGGACAGGAUGCGCAACUGGUUCUGAGAUUUUGAAAAUAUGUCAUUCUUCAUUUUUGCGCCAUAGCUGUCGUUCAAAGGAAACUAAGGAUGAAU